AUGGUGGAAAAAGUCGCUUGCUAUAUCAAGGUGGAAGAAGCGCAGGCGGCCCGGAGGAAAGCCGAGAGACCACCUCCAUCUGUCAAUAAGCCGGAAAAAAGGGUACCUCAACCACCCCCUCAAUCUCUUCCACGCGCUCGAGAAGCCAGGCCUACCUUCCAGCCCGGUCCGGAGGUUAGACAGGCCCCUCGAGUCGCAGCUGUGCACGCUCCCCGACCUGGACUGUGGAACACUCGCUUUGGGCCGACAGACCUGGAAGGUCUGGAGCUACCUCACGAUGAUGCCCUUAUCAUCAAGGCCAUUAUUGCCAACAGCCGAGUGGCCCGGGUUUUCGUGGAUACCGAGAGCUCGGUUAAUAUUUUGUUCAGAACCACAUUUGAGGAGAUGCAGAUCGAUGCCACUGAACUCCAGCCCGUGGCCACCUCUCUAUACGGCUUUACAGGCAAUGAAGUGAAGUCAAUGGGUCAGAUCAAGCUGGUCAUAUCUCUUGGCACCGAGCCAUUGGUCGGGGAAGUUAUGGGAGAACAGAAAGUCUCCCGGAGAUGCUAUGUUGAUAUGGUCCAGGUAGAAGCUCGUAAGAAUCAAAGGAUGCAAGAUGGUGGAGUUCAUGCCGUCCAGGAAGAGCCUCCGACCAUGGCUGAAGAACUCAUCCCCUGGGAGGAGGUACAACUAUAUGCUGAACGCCCUGAAACUCUAACUCGCAUAGCAAGCGACCUGCCUCCUUCUCUCAAGGAAGAAUUAGUCCAAUGCUUAAUCCGCAACCAGAAUGUCUUCGCAUGGUCUACAGAGGAGUUACCUAGAGUUAAGCCUGAAGUAGCAGAACACAAGUUACAUCUACUACCGGACUCCCGACCGGUCAAACAUAAGAAAAGGAACUUCUCGGCCGACCAGAACAAAAUAAUCAGAGCCGAGGUGGAUCAGCUCAAGAAGGCAGGCCACGUCCAAGAGGUGCAGUUCCCAUCCUGGCUCUCCAAUGUAGUCUUAGUAAAGAAGCCCAACAACAAAUAG